AUGGCAGAGAGUAAACCGUUGAUUGGUCUUAAAUGGGAACCAAAGCUUCCAUGCUUAUCUUUAGAGUCGAAAAAUGAUUCCAGUUCAAGCAAAAUGGGUUUGCUCUGUACAUCUAAGUCAGAGCUUGUUGAUGGUCUUUGUCUACCACCUACUGAUCCAAGGAAGAUUAACAAAAUGAUUAGAAAGCAACUCAAAGACACCGCUGGAUCAAACUGGUUUGAUAUGCCUGCGCCAACGAUGACUCCCGAGUUGAAAAGGGAUCUUCAGUUGCUUAAGUUGAGACCUGUAAUGGAUCGUUCCAUACACUACAAGAAAUCUGUGUCCCGGUCAAAAUUAGGUGAAAAAUAUUUCCAGAAUGGGACAGUAAUUGAACCAGCUGGAGAGUACUAUGAUAGAGUGACAAAGAAGAAUAGAAAAACAACUCUUGCUGAUGAGUUGGUGUCAGAUCCCAAAAUUGCUCAGUACAGGAAGCGUAAAGUCAGGGAGAUCGAGGAGAAGAACAGAGCUGCUCAGAAUAAAAAAUGGAAGAGAAAGGGAAAAUAUUCGAAGAAUACAAGACAAAGAAGAAACUGA